AUGAGAGAAUCUCGCAGGUUCUCUGUCCAUCUCGCUCUCGGAGGCGGCGCAGUUUCUGAUGUUUUAUUGUGGAAGAAAUGGCGUGGGAGUGUUUCCCUGCUCGUCGGUUCAACAGCCCUAUGGUUCCUAUUUGAAAUAGCGGGCUAUAAUAUCUUAUCGUUUAUAUCAAAUGUCCUGUUGUUACUCGUUACAAUCUUGUUCUUCUGGUCUAAAUCUGCAUCAAUUCUCAAUAGACCUCUGCCGCCUCUCCCUAAUCUGGAGGUUUCAGAAGAAAUUGCUAUCAAGACUGCUGAUGCGAUGCGAGUCUGGCUUACAGAGAUUGUGAACCAAGGGAAAUUGGUAUCAGAUGAGAUAAUUAUAAGCUUAUUGUCAAAGAGGCUCGAGACAGGAGAAGCUAAAGGUGAAUCAGGAUUUAUACUAGAUGGAUUUCCCCGAACAGUUAGGCAAGCAGAAAUAUUGGAUGACGUAACAGACAUUGACCUGGUGGUAAAUCUCAAGCUUCCAGAAAAGGUACUGGUUGAGAAAUGCCUUGGACGAAGGAUCUGCAGCCAAUGUGGGAAGAAUUUUAAUGUGGCAAAUAUCAACGUCAAGGGUGAAAAUGGAAAUCCAGAUAUUAGUAUGGAUCCACUUCUUCCACCUCCACAGUGUGUUUCAAAGCUCAUUACUCGUUCUGAUGAUACUGAAACUAUUGUUAGUGAAAGACUUCGUGUAUACUAUGAGAAGAGUCAGCCAGUGGAGGACUUCUACCGUAAUCAAGGGAAGAUGAUGGAAUUUAAUUUGCCUGGAGGUCUCCUGGAGUCAUGGCCAAAGUUAUUGGAAGCACUUAACCUUGAUGAGAACGAGGAUAAGCAGUCUGCUGCGGUGUAA